AUGUCGGGCACCGUUGCGGAACUUGACGCCACCGUCAAGGCCUUCCAAGAAGGCAAGGGCGAGGUGCAGAAACAGGCCCAGCAGAAGCUCAAUGAGUUCAAGUCGAACCCGGAUGCGUGGUUGAUGGUGGACAAGUUGUUACAAGAGUCUACAUACAUGCCAACAAAGUACCUUGGCCUACAAGUACUGGAUGAUGUGGUGACCACUCGUUGGAAAGUUCUGCCACGAGAGCAAUGCCUGGGUAUUCGCAACUUCGUCGUGAACCAGAUUCUACUGGCUUCGGAUACUGAAGAAACACUCAAGGCCAACAAGCUCUUCCUCAACAAACUGGAUUUGACGCUGGUCACCAUCCUGAAGCAAGAAUGGCCACACAAUUGGCCCACCUUCAUCAACGAGAUCAUCUCUGCAAGCCACAGUUCGCUGUCGAUCUGCGAAAACAACAUGACCAUUCUCCGACUGCUAUCAGAAGAGGUGUUCGACUUCUCACAAGAUCAGAUGACUUCCACCAAAGCCAAAAACCUCAAAACAACCAUGUGCGCCGAGUUUUCCUCAAUCUUCCAGUUGUGCAACGAAGUCCUCACCACCGCCAACUCGAUAAACUUGGUUAAGGCGACGCUUGAGACUUUACUGCGCUUCCUGAAUUGGAUCCCCUUGGGUUUUAUUUUUGAAACGCAACUCAUCAACACAUUGGUCACUCGCUUUCUCGAAGUAGAUCAGUUCCGCAACAUUACCCUCAAAUGUCUGACCGAGAUUGGUAGUCUCCAGCUAGGGUCACAGUACGAUUAUGACGAGAAACUUGUGCUCAUGUUCACCGAGACCUUGACAGUCGUUGCUCGAACUCUACCUUUAGACACUGACUUCCGCGAGGCGUACGCCAAAGCCAGACCGGCCGAACAAGAAUACAUUCUCAACUUGGCCAUCUUCCUGUGCAACUACUUCUCCGCACACCUGCAAACCAUAGAAAGAUUGCCCAACCCGGACUUCCUUCUGCACGGUCACUUCUACUUGAUCAAGAUCAGUUUGAUCGAUGACCGCGAGAUCUUCAAGAUUUGCCUCGAAUAUUGGAACAAAUUGGUACAAGAGUUGUACGAAGAGAUGCAACAACUUCCCAUGACUGAAUUGAACCCUCUGAUCAACAUGGGUGUCAGUGGACUCGCUAACGGCGGUGCACCUCAUCCAAGCGCACUUGCGAACUAUCCUCUCCGCAAACAUAAAUACGCCCAGGUCCUUUCCAGUCUCAGACAAGUCAUGGUUGAGAAGAUGGUCCGGCCAGAAGAAGUCCUUAUCGUCGAAAACGAUGAGGGAGAAAUUGUCCGAGAGUUCGUCAAGGAAAGUGAUACAAUCCAGCUCUACAAGACCACCCGUGAAUGCCUUGUGUAUCUGACACAUCUUGAUGUCGUUGACACGGAAAACAUCAUGUCCGAAAAGCUUCAGCGACAGGUGGAUGGCUCCGAAUGGUCCUGGAACAACUGCAAUACGUUGUGUUGGGCAAUUGGCUCAAUAUCAGGUGCCAUGAAUGAGGAGACCGAGAAACGCUUCUUGGUGACUGUGAUUAAAGAUCUCCUGGGCUUGACCGAAAUGAAACGUGGCAAAGACAACAAAGCCGUGGUGGCCAGCAACAUCAUGUACAUUGUCGGACAAUACCCUCGAUUCCUGAAGGCGCACUGGAAGUUCUUGAAGACUGUUGUCAACAAGCUAUUCGAAUUCAUGCAUGAGACGCACGAAGGUGUGCAAGACAUGGCUUGCGACACAUUCAUCAAGAUUGCCAACAAAUGCAAGCGCCAUUUUGUGGCUUUGCAACCGGGCGAAACAGAACCAUUCAUUGACGAGAUUGUCCGCAACAUGCAGAAGAUCACAUGCGAUUUGAGCCCACAGCAGGUCCACACUUUUUACGAGGCUUGUGGCUACAUGAUUUCUGCCCAGGGACAGAAGAGUGUACAGGACCGUCUCAUCGACAACCUUAUGGCUCUACCCAACGCCGCUUGGGACAAUAUUAUCCAGCAGGCAAACGCGAACCCGGCAAUCCUGCAAGAUGCGGAGACCAUCAAGGUGAUUGGCAACAUUAUGAAGACCAAUGUGGCCGCAUGUUCCUCGAUCGGACCGUACUUCUACUCGCAGAUUGGCCGCAUCUAUCAUGACAUGCUUAACAUGUAUAGGGCAUCCAGCCAGCUGAUAUCCGACUCUGUCGCUUCUGGAGGUAACGUUGCGACCAAGACACCGAAAGUUCGGGGUCUUCGCACGAUCAAGAAAGAGAUCUUGAAAUUGGUCGAUAUCUACGUACAGAAAGCCGACGACUUGCAGAUGGUCAACGACAGCAUGGUACCGCCCCUGCUUGAUGCCAUACUGCUGGAUUACCAGCGCAACGUCCCCGAUGCUAGGGAUGCCGAGGUCCUGAGCGUCACCACCACGAUCAUCCACAAGCUACACAAUCUUAUGGAGGACAAGAUUGCUCCGAUCAUGGAUAGCAUCUUUGAAUGCACUCUUGACAUGAUCAACAAGGAUUUCCACGAAUACCCCGACUUCCGUGUCGAAUUCUUCAAACUUUUGCAGGCAGUAAAUCUGUUCUGUUUCUCGGCGCUCUUGAAACUUGAUGGCCGACAGUUCAAGCUGAUCAUUGAUUCUUGCAUGUGGGCGAGCAAGCACGACAACCGCGAGGUUGAAAACACUGGUCUAUCCAUGUGCCUGGAAUUGGUCAACAACAUGGCCGAAACCGACCCGCAGACUUCGGGCAUAUUCUUCCAACAAUUCUACAUUCCCAUCCUGCAGGAUGUUUUCUAUGUUCUCACCGAUUCAGACCACAAGGCCGGAUUCAAAUCCCAGUCCAUGCUCCUGGCUCGCAUGUUCCAGCUGGUGGAGACGAACAAGAUCUCACAGCCUCUGUAUCAACCGGACCAAGCCCCUCCUGGAACGUCCAACAAGCAAUUUGUUAGCGAGUUCACGGCCAGCCUGUUGCAACGCGCCUUCCCCAAUCUCAAGGAAAUUCAGGUCCAGCACUUUGUCACCGGACUUCUCACCCUGAACGAGGAUGCAACCAAGUUCAAGACCCAUCUGCGUGACUUCUUGAUUUCGCUCAAGGAGUUUGCCGAUGACAACGCCGAGUUGUAUGCUGAAGAACGUGAGCAAGAAAAGAAGGACCUUGCGGAUGCGGAACGGCAACGAGCCAUGAAAGUCGGCGGUCUGAUCAAGCCGGCCGAUCUAGAUCAGGACGAUGAGCUGUGA